AGCAGCUCCAGGAGCCCAUAGGCCGUGGCCAGGGACAAGCCCAGGCUAAACCCCCCCAGGCUGCAGACCACCGCCCGGGCCGCGCUGGACUCCGCUGCCCCCAAGGGCUGCAUGGUGUCCUUUGUGAGUCUGGGCGUGGCUGCUCAGACCCGAUGUCGGCCUGUAUCCAGGAGAUGCCCACCAGGUUCUGUGGCUCUGCCAGGGUCCUGGAAUUCUUCACCACAUUCUAAGGUUCCGGAGGCUUGCAUUAUAUCUGUCUCGGAGUGCCUGACCGGCUGCGGGACUGGAGAGGGGGACGGAGGUCUCUAAGCUUCUUUCCCAAGUCUCAGAGCAGAGACAGCAAAAGACACAGACCUCACCCAGGCUGUGGGGGCAGCAGAGGGGACAGAAGAAGACCUCUGCACCCAAGGACAUCCUUGAGGACAACUGUGGGAAGAGAGAGGGUCCCCAAAGCAGACUCAUGGCCACCACACUUCAUCAGGACGGAGCAACAGGGCAAAGAAGGAAGAUCCCCCACACCACCGUGCACAGGCUCCUGAGCUGGGGGCUGCCUGCCCCCUGCGGCCGGUUCCUGCAGCGCCAGCCCGGCACGUUUCCCAUCACUGCCGUCCUGCUGGGGGCAGGCACCGGAGGGCUCCUGGCCGUGGGUCUCUUUCAGCUCCUGGUGAACCCUAUGGACAUCUACGAAGACGAGAAGAUGGUGGCGUUGUACAGCCUGGUGGGCUUGGGGGCCGUGGGCUGGGGGACCUCCCCGGACAUCCGCUGUGCCAGCCUCCUGCUCAUACCCAAGAUGCUGGGCAAAGAGGGCCGGCUCUUCGUGCUGGGAUAUGCCUUGGCUGCCAUCUACGAGGGGCCCGCGGCCAACCUGCGCUACAACCUGAACGAGGUGAUCGCGUCGCUGGGCUGCACUGUGGAGCUGCAGGUCAACAACACCCGGGCGGCCUGGCGCGUCUCCACGGCCCCACUGCGGGCAGUGUUCAAAGACCUGCUGGGCAGCAAAGAGUCACUGAAAGCCAAGACUCGGAACAUCUCCAAGUCCUUCGAGGAUCUGGAUGCCCAGGUGAACAGUGACACUGGCUUCACGCUCGAGAAUGCCACGGGCUCCGAGGGCACAGCCCGCGGUGCGGAGACCCACGGAGCCCGACCUCCCAGGGGUCCCGCAGACGUGGUGGACCGGGGCAUCCUCAGCUGCCGCCGCUGGUUUAAGCGGAAGCACGAGCAGUGUCUGCAGCGCGUCUGGGUCCCGCUGCUCAAACACCUGCUUUGCUUGCCCAUGACGUUCAAGUUCUUCUGUGGCAUCGCCAAGGCGAUGGAGGUGUGGUGCCGCAGACGGAUCCCCGUGGAAGGCAACUUUGGGCAGACGUAUGACUCCCUCAACCAGUCUAUUCAUGACCUGGAGGGGGACUUUUCGGCCACUAUUGAGCUCAAGGAAGAGAAGCAGGCAGCUGUGCUGGGCCUGAACAAGAGCUGGGAGCACGUGAGCACCGAGCUGCGGGACUACGUCCGCCACCAGGAGGCCCGCCUGGAGUGGGCCCUGGGGCUGCUGCACGUGCUGUUCUCCUGCACCUUCCUGCUGGUCCUCCGCGCGUCCUUCUCCUACAUGGACAGCUAUAAUGGUGACAUCCGCUUUGACAACAUCUACAUCAGCACCUACUUUCGUCAGAUCGAUGAGCGCAGGAAGAAGCUGGGCAAGCGGACGUUGCUGGCACUCCGCAAAGCCGAGGAGAAAACCGUCAUCUUCCCCUGCAAUCCCUCUGUGCAGGCCUCGGAAAUGAGAAACGUGGUGAGGGAGCUUGUGGAGACGCUGCCCGUUCUGCUCCUGCUGCUGCUGCUCUGCGGCCUGGACUGGGCCCUCUACUCCAUCUUCGACACCAUUCGCCACCACUCCUUCCUGCAGUACUCCUUCCGCAGCAGCCACAAAUUGGAGGUGAAAGUCGGGGGGGACUCCAUGCUUGCCCGGCUUCUUCGGAAAACCAUUGGAGCCCUGAACUCGUCCUCAGAGACAGUGGUGGAAUCAAACAACAUGCCCUGCCUGCCCCAGCCCAUGCGCCUAGACGCCAGCGCGUACAUGAGAGCUGCGCUCCCCACCGGCCUGCUGCUCCCCCUCUGCUUGCUCCAGGCCUUCGCCUACCGGCUCCGGAGGGUCAUUGCCGCCUUUUACUUCCCCAAGCGAGAGAAGAAGCGGACCCUGUUCCUCUACAAUGACCUCCUGAGGAAGAGGGCAGCCUUUACGCAGCUGAGGAGGGCUGCCAUCCUGAGGCGGGCGCGACUGCAGAAGGCUCCACGCCACCGCCUGGCGGACGUCCUGCACCGCCGCUGCCCGCUCCUGCGCGGCUGGCUGCGCCGGCGCUGCGUGGUGUGCCAGGCGCCCGAGACGCCCGAGGCCUACGUGUGCCCGACGCCUGACUGCGCGGCCGUGUACUGCCGGCCGUGCUGGGACGACAUGCGGCGGCGGUGCCCGGCCUGCACCCCGCCCGAGGAGCUCUCGUCCUCCGCCUACAGCGACAGCAACGACGACGCCACCUACGCGGAGUGAAGGGGCAUCCUGUACACCCGCUCCUCCGCGGUUAAUAAAAGCCUGUACACUCCCGACACCCGCGCUUCGCAGGAGUCUGACUGGCAAUCCAGAGACCCGGGCCG